UCAUAAAUAUCGUCAGAACUUCAUUUAAAAGUAAAGAAUUAUUAAAUAUUGUUACAAAAGAUAAUCUACAGAGAAUAGAAAACCUCAUAAAAAAAAAAAAACUAAUGAAAAUUUUCUAUUUAGAUUUUAAAUUAUUCGUGACUAUAAACAAAAGGUACAUAUUUUGGAAAAUCAUAAUUGUCAAAUUGGACGUAUAAUCGAAUUAGAUUUUGAGUCGUUGAUGAACCAAUUGAUAAAUAAAAAGAAUUGUAUGAAUAACAAAAUAUAAUAUUUAUGUAAUAGUGUGCUCGAAUAAAGAGGUGCGUUGAACGAAUGAUCGACACAGAAAAAUUUUAUUCCGUUUGUAUGUAAAGACUUUCACAAGGAUGGGUUUAUUAACGGUGUUGAAGAAAUUGAAGCAGAAAGAAAAAGAAAUGAGAAUUCUAAUGUUAGGAUUGGACAAUGCAGGUAAAACCACAGUUCUAAAAAGAAUAAAUGGAGAACCUAUUGAUACUAUAUCUCCAACCCUUGGUUUUAAUAUAAAAACUUUAGAACAUCGUGGUUAUAAACUGAAUGUAUGGGAUGUGGGUGGACAAAAAUCAUUACGAUCAUAUUGGAGGAAUUAUUUUGAAUCUACCGAUGGACUUAUAUGGGUAAUUGACAGUGCAGAUCGUAGAAGAUUAGAAGAUUGUAAAGUAGAAUUGUACAAAUUAUUGCAAGAAGAAAGAUUAGAAGGGGCAAGUCUUUUGAUAUUUGCCAAUAAACAAGAUUUACCUGGAGCGCUAUCAGCAUCGGACAUUGCUGAAAUUUUGGAAUUACCUAAUAUAAAAACGCAUCACUGGCAGAUAUAUAAAUGUUCUGCUGUGACGGGAGAAAAUUUAGUGGAGGGUAUUAAUUGGAUUAUCAGUGAUAUUGCAGCUAGAAUAUUUUAUAUUGAUUAAAUUUAUCCUUAUCCUGUGUUUAAUUUAUUAUAGAAAUGCAAAUAUUGCUCAAAAUAAAAUCUAGUAAAGUAAUUCGCAAAAGAAAAGAAAAUAUCUACACACACACACACACACACAAAAUAAAUUUCUUGUUAUUUCAUUCA